CCUUCUGUCCCCCUCCGUCAAUGGCGCCACCGUCUUCCCUCCUACCCGUUGCCGCGUUGCCGCUCUCGCUUUCUAUCUAAGCUUCGUGUGCGUUGGAAAUGAAAUGACAAGCGUAGUCGUUUUCUCCGUCUGUUACUAGUUCAUUCCCUAGGCUAUUGGAGUUCCAUUUCGAUCUCUUUGGGUCUAUCUGUUAGAUUUUCAUCUCGUGUUCUUCAUCGGGAGUCUCACUCUCGACCACCCUUAUCUGCGAUCCCGUUGUACAAUUCUACUUCGGUUUUAACUUGAUGGUACCAUCUGGCCGUUGGCAUUUGCUAUUGUUCUUCAUAAAUGCAGUUGAUUUUGGUGGGAAUUAGCACUUUUCUUGGUCAAUAUCUCGGUCUUAGUAUGAUGGGAGACGGAUCAAGGAGGAGAACUUUCUUUCGCGAUUGUUAGUGCAUACUCCUUGGAGAAGAACACGAAUCUGUUGUGGGAUAGAUCUCGGAGAAGGUCUUAGAAUUGGAAACUAAGAGUGCUAUUUGAUGGGGAAUACGUGUGUUGGCCCGAACAUUACAAAAAAUGGCUUCUUGCAGAGUAUCUCCUCCGUUGCCACUGGCCAUUACAGCCUGUGGAAGACGAAGGCGACGGAUCAGAUUCUUCCAACGGGAAGUUCCGAAGCAACAGCGGAGUCGAAAGAAGAAUCAAAGCCCAGCGAGCCGCUCCCCGUUCAAGAUAAGCCUCCUUCACCCGUAAGAAUGGCAGAGUCAUCAUCAGAACCCGAGGGGGUAAAACCAAAGAAAGCAUCAUCAGACUCUGAAGUAAAGAGGCAGCCCAGUUUUCGGCGCUGCAUUCUCGGGAGGAAGACAGAAAAUUUGAAGGAUCUCUAUACUUUAGGAAGGAAGCUAGGGCAGGGACAGUUCGGGACUACGUAUCUCUGCGUAGAGAAGACCACAGGAAAGGAGUAUGCCUGCAAAUCUAUUGCAAAGAGGAAGUUGGUAGCCGAGGACGACGUUGAAGACGUGAGAAGGGAAAUUCAGAUAAUGCACCACCUUGCUGGUCAUCCGAAUAUGAUAUCGAUCACAGGAGCUUACGAAGAUGCACUUGCUGUUCAUGUGGUGAUGGAAUUGUGUGCUGGAGGAGAGCUCUUCGAUAGGAUCGUUGCCAAGGGGCAUUACUCAGAGAGAAAGGCCGCUGAUCUCGCGAGAGUCAUCGUGGGCGUCGUGGAAGCAUGCCAUUCUUUAGGAGUCAUGCAUCGUGAUCUAAAGCCUGAGAAUUUCCUGUUUGUUGAUAAGAGAGAGGAGUCUUCUCUCAAAACUAUUGACUUUGGAUUAUCAAUAUUCUUUAAACCAGGAGAAACAUUCAGUGAUGUCGUUGGAAGCCCUUACUAUGUAGCACCUGAAGUGCUCCGGAAGCAUUAUGGACCGGAGGCAGAUGUUUGGAGUGCAGGUGUCAUCAUUUACAUUUUGUUAUCUGGCGUUCCACCAUUUUGGGCUGGUAAGAAUCUUGGGUAUUCUGUUUCAUUCUCCAUUAUGAUUUUACAAAGUUUUUUGUUAACGGAGGUGCUACACUUGACCAUUCAUUAUUUGCAUUCUACCACAGAAACUGAGCAGGGAAUAUUCGAUCAGGUUUUGCAUGGUGAUCUUGAUUUCUCAAUGGAUCCUUGGCCUGCAAUCUCAGAUGAAGCAAAGGAUCUGCUAAAGAAAAUGCUCACUAGGAAUCCCAAAAAACGGCCGACAGCACAUGAGGUCUUAUGUCACCCAUGGGUUCAAGUUGAUGGUGUUGCUCCCGAUAAGCCUCUUGAUUCUGCAGUUCUGUCCCGUUUGAAGCAAUUCUCUGCCAUGAAUAAGCUCAAGAAAAUGGCCCUGAGAGUCAUUGCUGAUAGUCUCUCUGAAGAAGAGAUUGCUGGGUUGAAAGAGAUGUUCAGGAUGAUAGAUACUGAUAAUAGUGGAUCUAUCACAUUUGAGGAGCUUAAGGCAGGUUUAAAAAGGGUUGGUGCUAAUCUGACGGAGAAUGAAAUCCAUGCUCUAAUGGAAGCAGCAGACGUGGAUAACAGUGGGACCAUAGAUUAUGGAGAGUUUAUUGCUGCAACUCUUCAUUUGAACAAAGCACAGAGGGAGGACCAUCUAUUUGCAGCUUUCUCAUACUUUGACAAAGAUGGCAGUGGUUACAUCACACAAGAUGAACUUCAACAGGCCUGUGAAGAAUUUGGUAUAGAAGAUGUACGCCUAGAAGAAAUGAUCUAUGAAGUAGAUCAGGAUAAUGACGGACGAAUAGAUUACAAUGAGUUUGUAGCAAUGAUGCAGAAGGGUAAUCCAGCUUUUGGUAAGAAAGGCCUACAGAACAACUUCAGCAUUGGUUUUAGAGAGGCGCUAAAGCUUUGACGACUCUUCAGAUACAUAAGCUUUAAGGGCAUAUAUUUUUUUCAUUAUUCUUGUCAUUGGUGAUUCAUAGUUACAUAAAGAUGUGCAAGUACGCCUGGCUUAUGAGGAAGAAUCAACCACAGCUGGUGUUUGCAGACAUUGAGAGCUAUAAGAGCUCAUCUUGAAAAAGCAUUAAAGCGUCGUUGACUAUUCAGACAGUGUCAUUAUUCUUGUUAUUGGAGAAUCAUAAUUGGGUGCUGGUGUUCGGAAACCUUCAAAGGUAUAGAUGUGACUAACAAUAGCUUGUCUGUCAUUCAUUGUUUAAGAGUUCUGGUGGAUUUCAAUUGGAACAGCGUUUGAUGUACAUGCAGUUGCCUGUUGUAUAAAGCCCACCUAAGUCGCAACUGUUCUCUUUAUCAUUAAAAUGCUUACAGGAAGAAAGGUGCUUUGCUUAGCAUGACGGAAAGUUGAAUGCUGAAAUUUUGAUUUGCUUGGCAUUUUUUUUGCCAGAAUUUUUCAUGCGUUUAUGCUGUGUGUUUCCAUCU